AACACGGGAGAAAUGGGGGGCAUCAAGUAUCCCCUUUGGGAGGUCAUUUUCAUAGGCCAUGGCUAUAAGAUAACUAUCGCGCCCUCACUUGAGGCUGCGUUCUUCUUUCGUGGGCUCCCUUUCUUUCCCAGUUCUUCUUCAGUACCUUUCCUCGUCUAUCCCAGUCUGACAAUUAGCCGGUUGCAUAGCGGCUAGGGUUGAGUAGCUUACAGUCAGUUUGGCGGAGUCAUUCUCAUAUAUCUCCCCUGACCCAUCUCUGGAAAAACUCAUAUUGUCCAACGAGAUAAGCAUUUAUCAUGUCUCUUCCUAAGGAUUUCCUCUGGGGCUUCGCUACUGCGGCCUAUCAGAUUGAGGGUGCUAUCCACGCCGACGGCCGUGGCCCCUCUAUCUGGGAUACUUUCUGCAACAUUCCCGGUAAGAUCGCCGACGGCAGCUCUGGUGCCGUCGCCUGCGACUCUUACAACCGCACCAAGGAGGACAUCGACCUCCUCAAGUCUCUCGGCGCCACCGCCUACCGCUUCUCCAUCUCCUGGUCUCGCAUCAUCCCCGUUGGUGGCCGUAACGACCCUAUCAACCAGAAGGGCAUCGACCACUAUGUCAAGUUUGUCGAUGACCUGCUCGAGGCUGGUAUUACCCCCUUCAUCACCCUCUUCCACUGGGAUCUUCCCGAUGGUCUCGACAAGCGCUACGGCGGUCUUCUGAACCGUGAAGAGUUCCCCCUCGACUUUGAGCACUACGCCCGCACCAUGUUCAAGGCCAUUCCCAAGUGCAAGCACUGGAUCACCUUCAACGAGCCCUGGUGCAGCUCCAUCCUCGGCUACAACUCGGGCUACUUUGCCCCUGGCCACACCUCCGACCGGACCAAGUCACCCGUUGGUGACAGCGCUCGCGAGCCCUGGAUCGUCGGCCAUAACCUGCUCAUCGCUCACGGCCGUGCCGUCAAGGCGUACCGAGAGGACUUCAAGCCCACGCAGGGCGGCGAGAUCGGUAUCACCUUGAACGGCGACGCCACUCUUCCCUGGGAUCCAGAGGACCCCUUGGACGUCGAGGCGUGCGACCGCAAGAUUGAGUUCGCCAUCAGCUGGUUCGCGGACCCCAUCUACUUUGGAAAGUACCCCGACUCGAUGCGCAAACAGCUCGGUGACCGGCUGCCCGAGUUUACGCCCGAGGAGGUGGCGCUCGUCAAGGGCUCCAACGACUUCUACGGCAUGAACCACUACACAGCCAACUACAUCAAGCACAAGAAGGGCGUCCCUCCCGAGGACGACUUCCUCGGCAACCUCGAGACGCUCUUCUACGACAAGAAGGGUAACUGCAUCGGGCCCGAGACCCAGUCGUUCUGGCUCCGCCCGCACGCCCAGGGCUUCCGCGACCUGCUCAACUGGCUCAGCAAGCGCUACGGAUACCCCAAGAUCUACGUGACCGAGAACGGGACCAGUCUCAAGGGCGAGAACGCCAUGCCGCUCAAGCAGAUUGUCGAGGACGACUUCCGCGUCAAGUACUUCAACGACUACGUCAACGCCAUGGCCAAGGCGCAUAGCGAGGACGGCGUCAACGUCAAGGGAUAUCUUGCCUGGAGCUUGAUGGACAACUUUGAGUGGGCCGAGGGCUAUGAGACGCGGUUCGGCGUUACCUAUGUCGACUAUGAGAACGACCAGAAGAGGUACCCCAAGAAGAGCGCCAAGAGCUUGAAACCGCUCUUUGGCUCUUUGAUCAAGAAGGACUGACGGGGCAAGAAGAAAACAUGGGUGGAUUAUCUGUUAUGAAAUGUGUGAUGAAUUGGGCAAGCGUCAGCAAGGGAAUGGGAAUGAUUUGCAAGGGUUUAGUGUUC